UGUAUUCGGGUGGAUCAUGGAUAUUGUCUAAUCACAAACAAGAGUUUAUAGAGCAUCUUAUUGCGUUCUGAACUGAACUGAAGCCAAUGUAUUACUUGCAUGUUAGCAGGACUUAUCUUAUCUAGCCGUUCUUAUCUAUGUGUGGAGUACUCGUUGUUGGACAGACAGUUAGAAACUAGACAGGAAAAGGAGCACUGGUAUAUUUGAGCUGUUAACCAGCAGACAGACUAAACUUACAUGUCACGUUCUCGGUUUUCCCGUUCAGAGCAAAGAGAUACAACUCGGUACACUGCAUUGCAACUAGAACGCUAUAGCAAGCAGAAGUCUGUCGUGAUAUAUUUUUGCUGCUUUUGGUAGGAAGUUGAGACUUUAGGAUCAAGAAGUGAUGGCCGCGGCCUCGGUGGAUGCCCCAGCGUGGGAGGAGGCGGAGGAGAAUAAGUUUAAGGUCAUUACAGAGGUCUAUCGACCUCUUCUCAUAGAGGUCCUGGAUGUCAAGGAUAUUGUAGAAGCUCUCAAGAUACAGUUUGGCAGGGAUGAUGCAAGAUUCAACGAAGUGCUAGAGUUGGUUCAAACAGGCGAAAGACGAAAAAUAAUAACAGAACGUUUCAUGGAGGCACUGGACUUUAAGGAAGACAAAAGGGGUCUCUAUCGUGCUGUGAUCGACGCUUUGUUUACUUCAGAGAACGACGCAAUAGCUGAACAUCUGGAAGGAACGUCUGAAUUCAACACCAAGAAAAGGGAACAUUAUCGCUCCUUUCUUUGGCUCUACGCUCAUCGAUUGGAGGAUAUUGAGCCUCUAAGCCUUCUUACCUCAUUAGAAGAACAUCUUACUAAACGAGACGUCGAGAAAAUACGAAAAACGGUUGAACGUGAGGGAAAUUGUGCCGGUGCCUCAGAACUUCUCCUAAGACUGGAUCGUAAGUCAGAGGACUGCUUUGGAGAGUUCAUCAAGGCCCUAGACAGGAAUGGCUCACCCAAACUCGCCAAGGAGAUGGAGGAAAUGAAAAAUUUCGCUCUGGGAAUCGGUGCAGAUGACGAAGUUGACGAUGGUAACGGCGAGGACAUUCCAAUGGUCGGCAACGUGUGUCCAUCAAGCGAUAAGGCAGAGGAAUUAGAACUACGGGAUUACCAAGAGGAGGUCCUAACUCCAGCAUUGAAGGGACAGAACGCUAUGGUGGUCUUGCCAACAGGGACAGGAAAGACAGAAGUCGCCAUCGCUCUUAUAAGUCGCCGGUUCCUGGCCCGCAACCCUGUAGGAGCCACUAAUCAUCGAAAGCAGAAGAGUGUGUUCGUAGUGAACAAGGUUCCCCUAGUGAAACAACAGAAGGACAGGUGUCUGAAAUACUUGAGGGGAAUGUGUGAGGUCGCUGGAGCUAGCGGUGAAGAGUUGAACCAUGUGCCAUUGGACAUUGUCAUCGAUGCCAACGACAUCACCGUCUUGACGGCACAGGUGCUUGUCAAUGCCCUCAAAGAUGAGAACAUUAAGCUUGAACUCUCCGACAUCGCACUCCUUGUCCUAGACGAAUGUCAUCACUGCCAGAAAUCUAAUCCAUACAAUGUUCUGAUGGCGAUGUACAGGGACCUAAAGCUGAACACUCCGAAACUUCCAAGACCACAGAUACUUGGAAUGACAGCAUCACCUGGUGUUGGGGAUUCGAAGAACAUGGUGCAGGCUGAAUGCUACAUCACAAAACUCUGUGCUAACCUAGACUGCAUAAUUUCACGACCUAAGAUCUAUGCUGACAAGCUCAAAGCGAAGAGUAACUCACCCAAGGAAACUCAGAUAAUAGUGAAAGGAAGACCUCUUGAAGAUCCUUACUUCCGUGAGAUCAGUGUCAUCAUGGAACGCAUCGAAGAUAAAAUCAAACUCGUAGAAGCCGGAAGAGCGCUCGUGGAGGGGAAUGACGAAUUCACUAAAAUGGUAUCUCGUCGUGGCGCGCAAAGCUAUGAACAGGGUGUGGUCAAUUUGAAGAAGAAGAUUCAAGAAACGAUAGAAAAUGAAGACGACAGGAGAGAACUAAUGGCAUGUGUGAACUACCUGAGGGAAUACAACAACAGUUUAUUCAUAAAUCGUGAUGCACGUACGUCAGAUGCCAUCUCCUCCAUGGAGGACUACAUCAAUGAAGAGGAGAGGAGUAGUCCUUCAGGCCCUGCUGAUAUGAUCCUUAAGAAAAUGUUCAGAGAUAAACUUCAGACUUUGAACCGAAUCGCUAAUCUGCAUAUGAGUAUCAACCCCGUCUUGAAUGAGCUUGGCAAGCAACUGAAGAAGGCAUAUGCAGAGAAUGAGGAGUCCCUUAGCAUCAUCUUUACAAAGACCAGAGCGUCUGCCAAGGCUCUGGUGAAGUGGCUCAAUGAAGACCCUGAUCUGAAUGGCAUCAAAGCUGACAUGUUGAUAGGAAGUGGUAAUCAAGGUAUGACGUCAACAGAACAAAAUAGGAAUCUACAGUUGUUCAAGGAUAAGAAGUGCAGGAUCUUAGUUACCACAUCGGUCGCAGAAGAAGGUCUGGACAUUAGGGAAUGCAACAUGGUCUUCAGAUACAACUACGUGACCAGCGACAUUGGUCAUGUCCAAACUAAAGGUCGUAGCCGGGCCAAAUUUAACGGGAAAAUCUUCGUCAUCGUGAAUUCCGAUCUCCAGCUUCAAGACCGUGAGCUCAAGAACAUCAUACGGGUGAAGAUGAUGAACAAGGUUGUUAAAAGCAUUGCUGAUUCCACUCUAGUCAAUCAAAAAGCAUUUGAUGAUCGGAUUCUGAUGGAACAGAAGAACGAUCAGAAAGAACGACAGCGGGAAAAAGAUCGUGCGCGAAUCACCAAAGCAAACAAAGUAGAGAAAUCGGGCGUAGUCCUCCAUUGCAUUAAGUGCUUCAAAGAAUCCUGCUGUCUAGAUGAUAUCAGGUCCAUCAGAAACCAGCACCACGUCGUCAUCAGUGACCUCUUCCUUGACAAGAUGAAGCUCAUUGAUCUCAAGAAGCAGCCAAUAAUCGACGGAUUCACGCACCAGCAGAAGAUCCAUUGUGGCAAUUGCCAACAUAAAUGGGGCACCAUGGUGGUAUAUCAACAGCAGGAGCUUCCGUUGAUUGCUAUCAAGAACUUUACACUCAAGGAUGACAAGGGUAAGAAGUGGUUUCCCAAAGCCUGGAAGGAAGUCCCUUUCGUGAUAAGUUCGAUUGACAUGGAUGAUCUGGGGAAGCAGAACAACUUCUCUGAAGCUGAGAAUCCAGAAGGGAGUCAGCAGGAGAAGGGAGAAAUCGAGGAAGACGACGGCCUCAUCGAGUAUCCAAACAUCAUGCAGAUUGAAGAAUAGAUGAUGUGAAGUGUGACUCAAAGAGAGGCCACAAUAUGAAGUUCGCAUGGUAGACAAUUAUAUACAAUUUGUUUAUGACAUUGAACAUCAAGAACUAUCUUACUUAGGGACUGCACAUGCAGGUGUCCACUCUUAGCCUCUCAAGAAAACAAAGGUUAUUAAGUUUUACUGGCAUGACAAUGGUAUAAAUAAGAAAUUGUUUUUUUACAAAUAUCUGACAGGUGCAACCAAAAUGAUAAUCAAUAAUUGUGACACCGCACGGAUUUGCAACUGAUAAUCAUGCUAGGCACAAUAGUGUCAAAUAUAUACAGUACAGACGAUGUGAUUUAAUGAAACCAUUUAAUUGUAAAUGUACAUUAAAUUAGUUUCAAUACACAAUAUCUGCGUUGUGAUAUAUUCAUCAUACACCAUCAUAAUGGAUGGACGCAUCACAGUUAGUAACUAGUGAUACCAUACAGAUCUUCUCUGUUAUUAUCUAGAAUCUAUGAACCUUUGAACAUAUCUAUUUAUAAAGCAAAUAUUACAAUUUGGAUAAUCCACCGUCAUAUCAAUGUACAAAUAAUAAUAAACACAAAUGAAAUAAAACUCAUUUAGUGUUCUAAAGGAAAUUUAUUUCAAUUACCUGUAUUGUUUGAUAUCAAUAUUAUUCAAUAUCUAAAACUUAUUUAUGUAAAGAGACAUCAGAUAUGUGAAAGAAAAUACCUUUAGUCACAUCGCCAGACCAAAUCAAACUGACUCCAAGAAAUGCCAGACAAACCGAUUUUUGUCAAUUAGAUAUUUUUGUUCUGGAACUUGUCGGUCUGGUGUCGGUUUGGCUAAUAUUCAAAUGGUGUCUGUCUUAUGGGUGUGACUGAGGUAGAAUUCCAGGAAUAUUAUUAGCAUUAUUAUUAACUGUUUAGCCAUAACAUCAAAAAUAAAUAUCAAUG